GAUGUUUUUUGGAAAACAUUUUACAAAAAAGAGAAAGCAGUUUCAUUUUUAUUAGGAAUGCUGAAAUCAGAACAUCUUCAAACAGGGAAAGAAAAAGAUGAUGAAUCAACACACUCAAUGCAGAAUCAUUCAAUUCCACCCACAGCUUUGCUGAUAAAUUCAACAACCCAUUAACCAUUUUCUUCAAUCCUUGUCAUUUAUUUAUGAACCCCAACUUCUGACCACUCCACCCACACACUCUCUACCUCUCUCUCCCUCCUUCCUCUGCAACACUCACUUGUUUUCAUUCAAAUAUUUGUGGUAAAAACUGUAUUUUAGAAGUAAAUAGACCAAUUUAAAAUCUUCUCAUGUUCUUCAACACAGACAAAGGGUUCUACAGUGGGGUUUGUUUUCUUUCUUGUCUUUCAUAUAUGCCUGCAAGUAAAGACAAGGUAAGCUCACAUUCUUCUCUUGAAACCCUUCUGACUUCUUUGGUUCCCCCACAGACCCCAUUUGUUUCUGAACAAUAGUUUCCUACUUAUUGGGUACUUUGCAGCGAGUCUUGUGGGGUUUUCUUGGCACAAUUUUCCUGGGAAAAUGGUGGAUUGAGUUUUAAACCCAGUAAUCAUCUUUUGCUAAAACCCCCCAAAUCCACAACCCACUUGGUGGAGUUGGCUAUGGAUUUAAUGGAGUCACAAACUGACCCCAGAGCUAUUUACGACACAAAAAUGGUGGUUUUGAAGGUAUAGAGUUUGAGGUUUUGAAUCUAUUAGAGGGUUUUGGUACUGUUUCUCUCUCCUGUUUAUGAGUUUUAGGCGUUGUCCCCAAAUGGGUUUUGGGUUUUUUGGUUCUGUUCUUGUUCUAACUCUGUUCUUUAGGCCUUUAGUUUGUCAAGAACCCAAUACAGAUGGGUACUUUGUCUCUGAUUUCUUGCAAAAAAUGGGCUUAUCUUCUUCUCAAGGAUACAACUUCUCUGCUCCUGUUUGUUCAUGGCAAGGUGUGUUCUGUGAGCAAGAAAAUGUCAUUGGUUUGGUUGCUUCUGGCUUGGGUCUUUCUGGUUUGAUUCCAGACACCACCAUUGGCAAACUCAGAAACCUUGAAUUAUUGGAUCUAAGCAAUAACAAAAUCACUGGUUUGCCUUCAGAUCUUUGGAGUUUGGGUUCACUCAAGACUCUCAAUCUCUCAUCUAACCAAAUUUCUGACAAUCUCCCAAGCAACAUAGGCAAUUUUGGGCUACUUCAAACCUUGGACCUUUCUAGCAACAAUUUCUCUGGUACCAUCCCCGAAGCUAUGAGCUCCCUUCUUAGGCUUCGAGUUCUUAUGCUUGCUCGAAACCGGUUCCAAUCAAGAAUCCCAUUUGGGAUUCUGAAUUGCCAUUAUUUGGUUUCAAUUGAUCUUUCAUCAAAUCAACUGAGUGGUACUCUUCCUCAUGGUUUUGGUGCUGCAUUUCCUAAGCUCAAAUCCUUCAACAUUGCUGGGAAUGGUAUUCGAGGGCGGGAUUCGGAUUUCUUGGGGUUGAAAUCCACCACAUAUCUCAACAUUUCACGGAAUCUGUUUCAGGGUUCUGUAAUUGGUGUGUUUCAAGAGCCAUUGGCGGUGAUUGAUUUGAGCCAAAACCAGUUUCAGGGUCACAUUUCUCAGGUACAUUCCAAUUCCAGCUUCAAUUGGUCUCGUUUGGUUUAUCUAGACUUGUCUGAGAAUCAUCUUAGUGGAGAGUUUUUUAGUAAUCUGAAUGAUGCUCAGAAUCUAAAACACCUCAAUCUCGCGUAUAAUCGAUUUUCUAAACAAGCAUUCCCGGAAAUUAGUAUGAUCUCUAGUUUAGAGUAUCUCAACUUGUCUGAAACUAACCUCAUUGGCCGUAUUCUUAUUAUUUUUACAGAUUUCAUGGACCACACAACUAUGGACCAUUGUUCCACCCACAAACCAUGCUUGUGUGUAUAAUUUGGGGAAAAAAUUAUGGAACAUGUACCUACCAUCAAGGCUUCGGGGUUUUCACCUGGAACCCUCGAAACCGCUUUCAUUGGGUUGUUAAAUAGCUGCCCCAUCGCUGCAAACCCAGAUCUUUUCAGAAAGAAACCACCCCAACAUAAGGGGCUCAAGCUUGCUCUAGCUUUAGCCAUCUCGCUGGUUUGUUUGCUUGUGGGGCUUUUGUUUCUAGCCUUUGGUUGUCGGAGAAAAACCAGACUGUGGGCAGUGAAACAGAACUCUUACAAGGAAGAACAAAAUAUUUCCGGGCCCUUUUCAUUCCAGACUGAUUCAACCACUUGGGUUGCUGAUGUUAAGCUUGCAACAUCGGUCCCAGUAGUCAUUUUUGAGAAACCAUUGUUGAAUUUCACAUUUGCAGACCUCUUGUCUGCAACUUCACAUUUUGACCGUGGCACUUUGCUGGCUGAAGGGAGAUUUGGGCCAGUUUAUAGGGGAUUUCUACCUGGUGGGAUUCACGUGGCUGUGAAAGUUUUGGUCCAUGGAUCAACCAUGACUGACCAAGAAGCUGCAAGAGAGCUCGAGCAUCUUGGUCGAAUUAAGCACCCUAAUCUUGUUCCACUGACUGGAUAUUGCUUAGCUGGUGACCAAAGGAUCGCCAUUUAUGAUUACAUGGAGAAUGGAAAUUUGCAAAACUUGCUUCAUGAUUUGCCACUUGGGCUUCAAACAACCGAAGAUUGGAGCACAGACACAUGGGAAGAAGAUGACAACAAUGGGAUUCAAAAUGUUGGGUCGGAAGGGUUGUUAACAACAUGGAGAUUUAGGCACAAAAUUGCACUUGGCACUGCUCGUGCACUUGCAUUUCUCCAUCAUGGUUGCUCACCUCCUAUAAUUCACAGGGACGUCAAAGCUAGUAGUGUUUACCUCGAUUCCAAUUUGGAGCCUAGAUUGUCUGAUUUUGGAUUGGCCAAGAUUUUUGGGAACGGCCUAGAAGAUGAAAUUGCUCGUGGGUCGCCUGGGUAUGUCCCACCGGAGUUUCUUCAGCCGGAAACUGGCUCCCCAAAGAGCCCCACGCCAAAAUCUGAUGUUUAUGGAUUUGGGGUGAUUCUGUUUGAGCUCAUUACUGGGAAAAAGCCAGUUGAAGAUGAAUAUCCAGAUGAGAAAGAAGUGAAUUUGGUCACGUGGGUAAGAGACCUAGUAAGGAAGAACGAGGUAUCCAGGGCGAUUGAUCCAAAAAUUCGUGGAACGGGACUAGAGACACAAAUGGAGGAAGCAUUGAAGAUUGGAUACCUAUGCACUGCUGAUCUUCCCUCAAAGCGACCAAGCAUGCAGCAGGUAGUCGGACUUCUUAAGGACAUUGAACCAGUUACACAUCAAUGAAGAACAAAUGUGAAGUAAGAGAAAUUUAAGUCUUGUUCUUUGCAUUUAUUUACUUUUGAUUAUGUUCUGUUCUUAUGCUAUGAGUUCUUUCUAUGCUGCUAUGGAUGGAAAUGUAUAGUUAUCUUGAGAUUUCUGUUUUGGACUUUAGCUUCGUUCCUUUUGCCUCACCAUUGUUGGUGGCACAAAAGCUUAAUUUAUAUACACGGCUCGAUCCUUUAAAUGCA